AGCGAGAGAGAGAAGGUGAUGUCAGCUGAGUUCAGAAAGUAAACAGAGUUCCAGACUGCAGCAUGCUGUCUGCGGGACGGGGACUGCAGUUGGGGCAAACCCACAGGGGCACCCAAACAAUCCCCUGGACCAGCACCUUUAUCACUGGGAAGGAGGGCUGGUUCCUCUUCAUCUUCCUCUUCAUCCUUAUCUCCUCACCCCAAGGGAGAGCCUGGCCCUACGAUUACAGGUAUUUGUACAACCACUGCCCUGGCCCUGAGUGGAACGUUAUGUGCAGAGGCUGCUGCGAGUACGACGUGAUUCGCUGUAAAUGCCCUCUGCAGGGGACGCCGGUGGGCUAUGCUGUACCCUGCUGCCGCAACGCCAUCAAUGAGUGCGACCCCUGCAUCAUCCAUCCAGGUUGCAGUAUAUUUGAAAACUGUAAGCGCUGUAACAACGGGACAUGGGGGCCCCGGGAUGACUUCUUCAUUAACGGGAAAUACUGCGCUGAGUGUCGCCCCGGCUGGUCCGGUGGGGACUGCAUGAAGUGUGGUGGAGUGAUCCGUAAACGACAGGGCCAUUUAGUGCUGGAGAGCUACCCCAACAACGCUCGCUGUGAGUGGACAAUACAGGUGGACCGUCCCUUUACCAUAGAACUCAGGUUUAUGAUGCUGAGCCUGGAGCUUCACCAUUCUUGUCGCUAUGACUACGUGGAGGUCCGAGACGGUGACAGCAUCAACUCAGGUGUUAUCGGUCGAUUCUGUGGGAACAACAGACCCGCCCCGAUUCAGAGCUCUGGAAACAGUCUGCACAUCCUCUUCGUGUCUGAUGGCUACAAGAACUUUGAUGGCUUCUUUGCCACUUUCCAGGAGAACUCAGCUUGCAGCUCCUCACCGUGCCUGCACGAUGGGACUUGCAUCCUGGACAGUUCUUACACAUACCACUGUGCCUGUCUGGCAGGCUACACGGGCAAGAGGUGCGAAAACGUGGUGGGCUGCCAAAGGCCUCCAGUCCCCACCCAUGGAUCAACAGAGGGUUUGUUCGAUCACUCGGGGGCACACGUCACUUUCCGCUGCGACCCUGGCUUUGAGCUGCGGGGGGUUGGCACUGCCAUCUGCCUGAGUGACGGCUCCUGGAGUGCGCCUGCCCCCAAGUGUGUGCCACUAGAGAGAGUCUGCUCUUUACCACCUAAGCCAAAACAUGGGGACCACUUCCUGGUUUAUGGACCCAAUGAUGUCAUUAUUGCUCUGCAGUACCUGUGCUACAAUCCCUAUGAGCUCAGUGGAAACUCCCAGAGAACCUGCCUCCCCAACAACACCUGGAAUGGGCCUCCUCCUGUCUGCACCCAAGUGAAUAAUACUCUAUCUGAAGCAGAAAAGGACAAAUACAAUACAAAGGACACAGAAACAGAUAUCUACAUUGACAAAGACAUCAGCAAACAUAAAGAGAAAGGUCAGGAGAAAACAACUGGAGAAAAAGAAAGCGAACAAGGGAGAGAUAAAAACACCGGGCAUGAGAAUACCACAGCAGUCGGCGGUGAAGAUAAAUAUACUGGUACCAUUCCAGAUAAAACUGUGGCUGAGGAUAAGACUAAAGAGGAGCCAGGGGAAAGAAAUAGUGGGUCAGAAAAACCCACAGGAGGAAGUAAAGAUAAAGAGGAUAGUAAAGGCUCAGACAGCAGCUUGAACACAGUUGAAAAGACAGAACCUGAGGUAGGAAAGCCGCCUGAGGAAAAGGAAGACGCAGACUUGGAUACAGGAAAGACAGACAUCACAGAAAUAAUUGUGAUAAAAGACAAAGGGCAAGAGGAAAAGGAGAGAAAAGAGGAGCAGGUGAAUGGAAAAAGAGAUCAGGACAAAGUGGGGCCUAACGAUACUAAGCUGAGGACGGUCAUAUCUGAGGGUGAAAACACAGUGGAGAUAUUUGAACUGGAAAUGACAAAAAACAACACAAUUCUACAUGGUACAAAGGAUCCAACGACAGACAAUAAUACCAUCGUUUCUCUGGGAAGGAAAGUCAUUCCCCCUUGGGUAAACAUUACUCAGUACACCUUGUACAGAGGAGGAGGUGAGGAGAGUGGAAGAGCAAAGGAAAAACCAAUAGUUAAAGAAGAAAAGAAAGAACAAGAGAAGUCUGCCGAGAAAACAAAAGAGGAUUUGGAGAGAGAGAAAGAGGAGAGGGAAAAAGAGAAGGAAAAAGAAAUCAACCAAAGCUUCGACGAGAAAAGCUGCCCUCCUCUCCCUCGACUCUACCAUGGCUACCAGCAGCCCGUUCCGGGGGUUAAACCUGAUACUGUGGCGUUCUUCUGUAAUCAUUCCUACGGCCUCAGUGGUGACGCCAGGCGUACCUGCCAGCCUAAUGGAACCUGGAGUGGAAAACAACCCCUCUGUGUCAGAGCAUGCAGGGAGCCCAAAGUUUCAGAGCUGGUAAGACAGAAAGUUCUGCCCCCUCAGACACCAUCCAGAAAGACGCCUUUGCACAAACUUUACUCCACUAUGCUGGGCCGGCAGCUUCAGUCUGACGACCCUUCCAAAGUCCCCCCUCCGCUUCCUCAGCUGCCUCAGGGAUUCCAUCCCCUCUACACACAUAUAGAGUAUGAGUGCGCUUCUCAGUUCUACCAACACUCUGGCAGCUCACGCCGCACUUGCCUGAAGACUGGGAAAUGGAGCGGGCGUCAUGUUUCCUGUUCACCAGUGUGUGGGAAGCAUCCAACCUUUGACCCAGAGAGGCCUGCAGAGGCUCACUGGCCUUGGCUGGCAGCCAUCUACCGCCGCUCCUCCAAUAGAGCAGCCGAGACAAAGGUGAGCAAGGCUGACAGCCAGGCAGGGUCCCUGAAGAAGAACGUCGGAGCAGGAAAUGGCAACCACAACGAGGCCUCUGACUGGCAGCUGGUGUGCAGCGGGGCUAUGGUGAACCAACGCAGCGUGGUGGUAGCAGCCCACUGUGUGACGGAGCUGGGGAAGGUGUACCCUCUAGAUGUGGCCAAGAUCAAGGUGGUGGUGGGAAAGCACUUCAGAGAUGACCACAGGGAGAGUAAAGGUCUUCAACCCCUGAGGGUGGCCUCCAUUGUUGUUCACACAAACUACGACCCCCAUAUCCUGGACUCUGACAUUGCUGUCGUUAAAUUACUGGACAAAGCAAGGAUUGGAGACAAGGUUUUACCCCUUUGCCUCUCAGACAGCCAAGGAGAAGAGGCCAUCUCUGGACAGGGGCUCGUAACAGGCUGGUCUCCACUUCCCGACUCAAAUUUGGGUCCUGAUGAGAAGGCGAGGGUGGGGCUAGUUCGCCUUGCUGAUGUAGUUCCCUGUGAGCAGCAGUACGCUCGCAACGGCGUGCCAGUCAGCGUCACAGACAAUAUGCUUUGUGGCAGCCAUAAGCCUGACUAUGGGCACUCUAACAUAUGUCCCUCUGACACUGGUGGGAUCCUCGUCCUCCCUGCCCUCUCUGACAACCAAGCCAGCCACGACCGAAAGCCCUCUGUUGGCUUAACACAGGCCGAGAAGGAGAGCAAAGGGCUGUGGAGACUUCUGGGACUGGUGAGCUUUGGUUAUGACCAGGGAGAGUGUGAUCCAGACCUCUACACAGUCUACACACAUGUAGCAAACUUUAAAGACUGGAUUGAGAGCAAUCUGAAGUAAAAAAAAUCCUACUAGCUGACUCUCCCUCUCCCCCUUUCCUUCUUAAAAUGCCUUCAUAUCUUACAUUUCUCUCUUGUAUGUUUGUCUGUUUUUCAGCCUCUUUAACUUGUUUUUUCCUGGUGUUUUGCACAAGGGCAUUUUCUUACACCAUGCAACAGCACUGGAAACACUGGACAAAACAGUGCUCUAACUGAAGGGGGUGCUAACACAUUAGAUGUGCCCGGCAUCAGGAGACCUCAGCGCUCAGGUCUCUAAACCUGAGGUUACAGACUUGACCAGAAAACCCUCUCAAGCCUCUCGCUGAUGAUGGUUUUUAUUGUACCCAUUGGUAUGUAUAUAUGUUGUAAUGUACUGAAUUAUUUAAUCAAUUCAUACAACUGAAGAGAUGUAAAUAUUGUAUUGAAAGACAGAAAAAUCACGAGGUUUUUUUAAUUAAAGAAAAUGUGGCUGUGG